CCGAAAACAAAACAAUCGCAACAAUCACACACCGGUGCCUCGGAGCCACUAGGGAUCGGGGGCAGCACCCACCGCAUUCCAUAUCAUUCCAUUGCAUUGCACCGAACCGAUUCGAAACCAGCCACAGCCCACGGCACAACGCACAACGCACGCCACGCCACGCCACGCCACGCCAUGGGAAAAAAGGGCCGCUUGUCCGCCGGAAGGGUGGCCUCCAAGGGCCUCGAGGCCGGCCUGCACCAGCGGGAGGUCGAGGCCGCCCGCACAAGGGCCCUGGAAGAGGCCCGGAGGAGGGCGUUUGCCCUGGAGGGGCACGAGGAGCGCCUCCGCCGCGAGGGAGCCGUCCGGCCCCGGUUCGGGGGCUCCUUCCGCAAGAGCCUGGCCCGGGUGCUGGGGGAGCGCAGGGCCGAGGAGUCCUUCGACCGGAGGGAGCGGCGGCGGCGGAACGGCUUUCUGCUCCCGCUCGAAGGACCGCUUCCGGUGCGGUCCGGCCACCUUGCGUCCCAAAAGGGUUCCCCAGGGGUGGGCGUGGGAAUGGAAAGGCCCGUCCACCCCGAGGGAUGGCUGCUCCGGUACCCGAGCGGGCCCGCGGACGCCGCUUCUGCGGCUUGCGCGGAUCCGGCUUUGGUGCAGAGGCUCGGGGACCUCUCGCUCGCCGUCCUUGCCCGCUGCCUCCGCGAGUACAGGGACGCCAUGGGGAGCGGCAAGCUGUACGGGGUCCUCUCGGUCCUUCCCCCGGAGUGCGCCACGGACCUGUCCGUCCUGCUCUCGGCGCCGCUCCCGGUCGCCGCUCCAGGGGCUCGUUCGGACCGGGCCCACCAAAGCCUUYCCUCACCGCGCUGGGACGACGACCUGGUGGCCCUCGUCGGGCAGCACCCGGACGCCGACAAGCUGUGUUUCCGCAACCAGCCGCAAAAGGGGAGGAACCGAACACGAAACGCGGUGACCGGUGCCGGCCUCCGGGCGCUGAUCCCGCGGCCCCCCGCCGGGAUGGCAAGCGGGGCUUUGGGUGGCCGCGGGGGGGAGGAAGACGACCGGGGCGGCCCGGGCUGCCGGGACUGGGACGACGACGAUGAAUGCGAAUGCGACGACGACGAACACGACGACGAUUACGACCAACACCCCGGUUUCUACACCGACCACAACGGCGGGGACGACGGAUGGGAUGGGCUCCCCAACCCGCGCGGGUGCAACCUCCGGCUCCGCCGGCUGGAGCUCCUCGACCUGAACGGCGACGAUCACGAAUGCGAAUGCGAAUGCGAAUGCGAAUGCGACGACUGCGAAUGCGAAUGCGAACACGAACACGAAACCACCCGGACGGAGUCGGUCCUGGCCCGCUGGUUCGAAAAGUGCUCGGGGAUCACCCACCUCUCCCUGGCCGGGUCCUUUGUCCAGCACCCCUCGACCGGGAGGGCCGUCGUCCUCUCCCUCCCGAAAAAGCUGGCCUCCCUGGAGGUCCUGGACCUCACGGGGUGCCCGUGGGCCACCGACCGGUUGCUGGAAAGGGUGGUCGGGGGCUACCGUUCUUCCGCCGCCGCCGGAAGGGGCACCGAAUCCUUCGAGCCGCCGGUCGUCUACUCUUCCCGCGGAAGGUUCGUGUGGGAGCCGGGGGCCGGAACCAGCGGGCGGGGGCCGGGGGACCCCUGGGCGGACGGGUAGGGACGGAAGCGAAAGACCGCGGGAGGGUUCUUGCAAAAAGGCCAAUGGAUUUAAUUUGGU